AUGGCCUCCGCACCAGGAAGUCCUUCUGCUAUCGUGCCUCUUGACAACAUCUCGUCGGCGCCGGGGAGUGCACGGGGACUGUUUGACGAUGGCUCAGAGGAGAAGAAUUCUGCGUGA